UAUAUAUAUAUAUAUCAUAAACUUCCCCUUCAUCCAAUUUUCAUUAUCUUGAAUGAACCAGUAUAUAUUCCAAGUUUCAUUUUAAGGUUGAAUUCAGAGAUGGGUAUCCUCGGAGCUAUAGCUAAAAAUUUGGAUGCAAUUAUUGGGCCUGGAGUUAUGCUUCUUUAUCCUUUAUAUGCAUCAAUAAGAGCAAUUGAGAGUCCUUCAACCCUUGAUGACCAGCAAUGGCUGACUUAUUGGGUUAUAUAUUCUCUUAUAACCCUCUUUGAACUAACAUUUUGGAAGAUCUUGGUUUGGAUUCCACUAUGGGGAUAUAUUAAACUGGUGGCUUGUUUGUGGUUGGUUCUACCAAUUUUCAAUGGGGCAGCUUAUAUCUAUGAGAAUAUAGUGAGGAAAUAUGUAAAGAUUGGAAGAUAUGUGAACCCAAACUAUCCAGAGAAUCAAAAGAAAGUACUGCAGAUGAUGACUUUGGAUUCUAGGAAAUCUGUGGAACGUUACAUCGAUAGAUAUGGACCGGAUGCUUUUGAACGAGUAGUUAAAGCUGCUGAAAGAGAAGCAAGGAAGCACUGAGACGAAGAUGUGGAAGAAUCGUGGAUGGUUUACCGUUUAAAAGACUGGAGAAAUGGUUGGGUUGUAUUUGUGGUAGUACGAUUUCAUGUUGUGUACUAUUUGUGUUUAUGUAUUAUGCAAAAGAGAGAACAAGUAAGGGUGGUUUUUUUUCUUUGUGUGGAUAAUAGCUGUAAAGAAAAAGAGUUUCUAACCAACAAUAAUGUUUGGCGAUCAAUUUGGAAAAGUAAAGUAAAUCCUCGAUCAAGUCAAGUUAAACCAA